AAGAACAUCAAAGAUGGAUGCUUUGACAUUUGGUUCGCACAGAUUGGUACAUAUUGAUCUUAAAGGGGCCCCACCAAGAGUCUCUUAUUUUGAAAAGCUAUUUCCACUUUUGAGAUCAUGGGGUGCGACGGGUUUAUUGUUAGAAUGGGAAGACACUUUUCCGUACAAUCGGGAAUUGUCUCCAAUUGGAAGCAAUGGCCCGAGUAGUUUAACAAAUGGGUACACGACCCAGGAGGCUCGUCAAAUUUUACAAAUGGCAGGAGAUUCUGGUCUGGCAGUUGUUCCCCUGGUGCAAACAUUCGGUCACAUGGAGUUUGUAUUGAAACAUGAUGAAUGGAGUUCAUUGAGGGAAGUGGAUCGUUUUCCGAGUUCAAUGUGUCCGUCUAAUCCUGGCUCUCUACCUCUUGUGAAAUCAUUAAUUCGACAGAUUGUCAGUUUCCAUCCGGACAUUCAGUAUUUGCACAUUGGUGCCGAUGAAAUUUGGCACAUGGGCCUCUGCUCUGUUUGCACGAAACGUGUUAAUUCUAAUAAAGGUGGAAAGUCGUCGUUAUUUUUGGAACAUGUCGUAGGCAUCGCACAAUAUAUUAAAGAAACUUAUCCGUGUCUAAAGAUAAUUAUGUGGGACGAUAUGUUGAGAUCGAUAGAUUUACACGUUCUGAACGAAUAUUAUAUUGGCAAAUAUGUGGAACCAAUGAUUUGGCACUAUAAUUCGAGGGAGAAUUUCGCACUUCCUUCAGAUAUGUGGGAUAAAUACAGUCUCGUUUUUCCGAAUAUUUGGGCAGCGACGGCCUUCAAGGGCGCCACGGGAUCAAGUCAGCACAUUCCAAUAAUAAGACAUCACAUAAGUAAUCACGAGAGAUGGCUCGAAGAAUUAAGCACACACGUCAAUAAAGUACAUGAAUUUCGUGGAACUGUUUUCACUGGGUGGUCGAGGUAUGAUCAUUAUGCGACAAUGUGCGAAUUAUUGCCAACGGCAAUUCCAUCGUUGGCAAUUUGUCUAAAAGUUUGGCUACAUGGCUAUUCGGAGCAAACACAUUUACAGGUUGCCAAAUCUUUGGGUUAUGUGGACCAUCCCCUGCACAUUUCACCGCCACCAAGACCAGCACCGAUUCCCAAUAAUCUUUUAUUUCCCGGGUGGCAAGUUGCCGUUGGAAUCGAAUGGUUCCUUAAUUUCAAAAUCAAAUAUCACAAUAUCGUCCACAGCGAACAGAUAGCAACAUGGAUGAAUCCGUGGCAAGUAAUGAACAAUUACACAAAUCCAAUGCAACUCGAGAGUCUGGUACCUGCAUUCACUGACAUGGCAUUAGAAUUGUCAUCGCUCGAAGGAUAUCUACGAGUGCAAAUGGAAAGUAUUUUUUUCCCAUCCACCAUUGAAGAAUGGCUGGGAAGUCAUAUUCAUCCAAUGAAAAAUAAACUCAUCGAAUUAAAGCAAACCACUGAAAAUCAAUUAACGCGAAAUAGUCAUUGUUAAUUUUUUUUUAUUCCUCCAAUGAAGAUUUAUCUUCAAAUUGCUGUGAACAGAGAGACAAACAAAAAUAUCUACACUAGUAUUAACUCACUAGUAAAAAUAUGACUUUAUUUUUUAAAUCGUGAUAUAUUAAAGAAAAAAAGAGAAUGACUGAUGAUGAAAAUACAAAAAAAUAUGAACACAAAAUAGUGUAAAGCGCACAAAAUCAAAAAUUCAACAGCCAUAUGAAAAAAAGAAUUAACAAAAGGUACAAAAUCUUUUGUAAAGUUUUUAAAAAAAAAUAUUUUUUUGA